AUGGCUCUUGGUCCUCAGAAAGUGACUGCUCCAGAAAGAAGGUCUCCUGGACCGAGAGGUGCAGGUGUCGUCGGGCGGCUGCUCCACUCCCCUCUGCUAACUGUGCUCGGACCUGGUGCUGGACCCUGGCAUCUGCUCGGCAGGAGGUCAGCACACAACCAGAAUGGCUGUCUCCCCGGGGGGCCUCAGGAAGGACCGCCCACCUUGCUGGGACCUGUUGGAGGCGCCCUCACCCCGGACUGUACAGAGUCCGCCACUUCACGGCAGAGCCGGCCCACCCCCCUCUGCUGCCCUGGCCUCCCCUUUACAGACAAGCUGUGGUUCCUCUCUGCCUGCACCCCGGGGAGCCUGGUGCGGGAGAUGAGGGCACCCUGCUUCCCGUUCCUCCUCCCACCCAGGCCCCCACCUUCCAUGAGUCAGCAGGGCUGGGGCGAGCGCUCCCUUUCUUUCUGCACACACGUUCUCGUCUCACUCGGAGCUUCCACAGGUUUCACCAGGGCUGACCUCGGCAGCAUUCCUGGUAGGCUAGCAGGAGGGUGGUUUGGUCUCGCAGUUGGUUUUCGAGAGGAUAUUCUGUAA